ACAGAAUGGAGUUUCCUGGAAGAGGGUCUGUCUGACCAGCUGUUCCUGCUCAGGGUUCCACCCCACACUGGUGCAAAUUCCGCUUGCACUGGGCUGGCUGGCUGAAGUCUGUCACCUGACGUUCCUCUGCUUCAUUGCAACACAUGGCAGAACCAGUGCCUCUCUAAUCUGAGCCGCCUCCACCCCUGACGUCAUCCAGGUGCACUGACCUGGUUCUCUCUUCUGACACCUGAGUUUCGCUUCCUAGUCAGCUGAUGUCCCCGCCCAGCCCAGGCUAAGCCCUGGCCCUUGUUAUAAAGUCGAAGGCAGGCUGGGAGCGCGCAAACCAAGAGCAGAAUUCUUGCCAGAGGCAGCCGACAGAAAGAAGCAGCAAACAUGGCGACGUUGUACCCAUCUCUUGAGGACAUGAAAGUGGACCACGUUCUGAAGGCCCAGGCAGAUGUAGCUCCCAAGGCGCCAGCCUCCAUCCCUGCUCCGCUCCCUGCCCUCGUUGUGCCAUCAGCUCCUCCAGCUUCUCCCGCAGAGAAGGCCGAGCCGCCCAAGCCAGCAGCCCUGCCAGUUUUGUACCCGAACCUCACGGACUUAAAUGAUUACAUGGGCCUCUCCCUCUCCAGUGAGGAGGUCCAAAAGAAUCUGGGACUUGCCCCGGCAGGUGGAAACGCUGUGACCUCAGCGCCCACCGCAUCGGGCUUGGUGGUUGCCCCCGUGACGGGAAGCGACCUGGGGAUUCGUCGGGCGGAGAUCAAGCCCGGCUUGCGGGAGGUUCACCUCUGCAAGGACGAGCGCAGGAAGACGGGACUGAAGCUGAGGAACAUUGAUAAGGGGUUGUUUGUGCAGCUGGUCAAGGCCAACUCCCCGGCUUCUCUGGUGGGCCUGCGCUUUGGAGAUCAAAUCUUGCAGAUCGACGGGAAGGAUUGCGCAGGCUGGAACACGGACAAGGCUAAGCGGGCGCUGAAGAAGGCCUCUCCGGAGAAAAUCGUCAUGGUGGUCCGGGACAGGCCUUUCCAGCGCACGGUGACGAUGCACAAGGACAGCAUGGGCCACGUGGGCUUCAUUGUCAAGAAAGGGCAAGUCAACUCGCUGGCCAAAGGCAGCUCUGCGGCUCGGAACGGGCUCCUCAUCAACCAUUACAUCUGUGAAGUGAACGGGCAGAAUGUCAUUGGCCUGAGGGACAAGGAGAUCACAGAGGUCCUCACCAACGCCGGCAACAUCAUCACUCUGACCAUUGUCCCUGCCGUGAUCUACGAACACAUGGUCAAAAAGCUUUCGAGUGGGCUGGCGAAAUCUUCCAUGGACCGUUCAGUUCCUGAUGUUUAAAAUUGCUCAAGACUUUCCACCGCCUCUCUCUUCCGGGAUGAAAUACACCACAGAUGACUCCUCCAGAACCCUUUCCGUCUCGUUGGAGAAUACUCAGAGGAGUAGAAAGAUCAAUCAAUUCCUUGAAGCUUUCAGCUAUUCUUUAAGGACUGUGAGGUCUCCAGAGAUUUGAUGGGGACAUAGUUGAGUUUAUUGCAUUCCUGGGUGAUUCUUAUCUCCAUGAGGAAGUGAAGCAGCCGAUUCUCCGAUCAUCAUAGCUUAAAUGUAAACCAAAGAAACUCAACCUGCCCUUCUGCUGCCUAUUCAGGUAACCAAAUCAGACCUGGGUGCCUCCUAUUAAUACUAGAACCACUGUGGUCCAGCAAUGUGUUCCAAAUUUACAAAGCAAACAGCCUGACUCUCUUAGGGAAACUCUAGCCUGUGUUAAGUGAUGCCAACGGUGCGCUCUUGUUUAAGCACAUUGGACAUGAUUGCAGGGCCACCUCGAUCGGUGCCAGAAUGAAAGAGUGCCUGCUUUGAAUGCCAUGUCAGAAAGAGAGCAGGGAUAUAAAUGCACUAAAGUCAUUCCUUUGCAGGGAUUUGAGCAUGUACUGGAAAUUAAGGUUUGCACAAUUAAAGUAGAUUAAAGUGCUCUGCUGCAACAAAUCCACUUAAGAAAGGACUGGUUGUGAUUAACAGAGCGAUGGGGCAAUGCACUGAAAAAAGUGUGAGAUGAAUUGGUGAUCAAUGGGAAGAUGUAUCCACACCCUGCAAGCAAACCAGGAUGAAUGCUUGUUGUUGUACAGCUUCUCUGCAAUCAAAGCAGAACAAAUAAAGGCUGGAUGUGGUCAAA